GAACAGUCUUUGCGUGACCAAGACCUCACUCCAGACAGAGAUGCCAGUGGCUUAGCGCAAGUCAUCACACUCUCGAAAUCAUUCAUGUCUUCAACUGCCAAGGCAAAGACUGCCAAGCUGAUCCGCACGCUUCUUAAUUACUUUAACUCUAUUCCUAACAGCCAGCAAACCCAGAUCGAUGUCCUAACCAACAACAUUGAGUGGUCAAAGCGCGAAAAGCACAUAUUCCUUAAUAGCUUGGAAAUCCGACUCAUUUCCCUGUUAGAUGACAAGAUGAUUCUUACCAAAGUACACUUGCUUGAGAGUCGCGUCUACCGUGGCAUUGGAAACCUGUCGAAGUCCAAGGCUGCCAUUACUUCUGCCAGGACUGCUGCAAACUCAAUAUAUUGUCCUCCUCAUCUUCAAGCAGCGUUAGACCUCCAAUCUGGUGUUCUCCAUGCCGAGGACAAAGAUUACGCUACUGCAUACUCAUAUUUCUAUGAGACUUUCAAGAACAUGUCAUCGCAGGAUGACCCAGCAGCGCUGAACGCACUCGAGUACAUGCUUUUGUGCAAGGUCAUGUUGAAUAUGCUCCGCAAGAUCGAGAGCAUGCGUGCAAUAGCGCUUGCGCAUCAGAAUCGGAACUUGUCAGCCUUCGAGAAGGCCCUUCAGGAUUACAAACAUGAGAUUGACUGUGUUGCCAAACAGGUCGGGCGAGAACCUCAGGACGUUGAGGCCAAGUGCAUAUUGAAUUGUCUCUGUGAAAAGUAGCUAAUAUCGUGUUUUAGGCUAUCUCAGAUGAUCUUGGACAAGGUGUUCCAUGGCAUGCUGGAUCAGGGACGAGGAUGCCUGAUUGUAUUUGAUG